AUGAUCUUAAAGAGGCUGCCUGAUUCAUAUAAACCAUUCUCGAUACAUGUGACCCAAAGUGCAAGUGAGAUAACGUUCGCGAAGUUUAAGAGCAUGUUGAGGAGCUUCGAAGAAACGGAAAAGCUCAACACCAAACCGAAAGUUGAUCAGGUAAUGAAAGCUGAGUUUCCUUCGCAAACAAUGCCAUGUUAUGGCUGCGGGAAAAGAGGGCAUUUAGUCUGUGAGUGCCCCGCUAAGAGCGAGAAGAAGUGGUGUAACUAUCACAAAAGUACAACACACUCGGAUAGCACCUGCAGAAGUCAGCAAAAGAGCAAAGACCAAGCCAAACAGGUGUCAGGGAAAGAAAACGCCUCUAAAGAUGAACAUUCAUUUGCAUUCAAAGUUAACGACGAAGCAACGGGGAAAAUCAAUCGAAUGGGAAUGUUGGUUGACACAGGUGCCACUUCUCACAUUGUUACUACUGAUAUUUUAAAGCAAAUAGACAUGACAUUUAAACCAUCAAAACAUUUCAUUGAACUGGCGGAUGGCACACAAGCCAGUAAUAUUGCAUUGAAACGAGGGGAUGCUGAAGUGUUUCUGAAAGAUACAAAUGGAAAAUGCGUGGAAACGGUGCUGAAAAACGCCUUAUAUAUACCAUCCUAUCCUCAAGAUAUUUUCUCAGUGAAGGCAGCCACAUCAAAUGGAGCCGAGCUUCGAUUUGCCCAAGAUUCUGGUGAGCUAACCCUUGAAGAUGGUACCAUUGUUGAAAUUGAAGAACAUGGACGGUUGUACUAUUUGACUUCCACAGGCAGUCAUGAGAACGAUAGAUAA